UGACAAAUGACUGACAGUGACAUCUUUUAGUUUGUUGUGUAUUUGUAUCGUCUCUUUUACCGAUUUUUUAAAAUAAAGAAAAAUAAUUAAAACCUCCAUGAAAUAAUAGUAACAAACUAUAAAAUGAAUUUAGAAUUACUAGAAUCAUUUGGACAAAAUUACCCAGAGGAGUUUGAUGGAACUUUAGACUCUCUUUCUAUAGCUGUUACAUGCCAGUUUAAUAAACGAGGUACUCUCUUAGCUGUUGGCUGUAAUGACGGACGAAUAGUUAUAUGGGAUUUUUUAACAAGAGGCAUUGCUAAAAUAAUAUCUGCCCAUGUUCACCCAGUAUGCAGCAUAAGUUGGUCUAGAAAUGGAUAUAAAAUUGCCUCUGCCUCAACUGACAAUACAGUUUGUAUAUGGAAUAUUUUAUCAGGUGAAUGUGAGCAAAAAUAUAGGUUUCCAUGUCCUGUUUUAAAAGUUCAGUUUCAACCAAGAAGUUUAGAAAAGUUACUGGUUUGUCCCAUGAAACACCCUGCUGUGUUGGUCGAUACAAAUGGGGUUCACAAAGUUUUACCCAUAGAUGAUGAUGGUGAUUUAAAUAUAGUUGCAUCCUUUGAUAGAAGAGGUGAAUACGUAUAUACCGGUAACGCCAAGGGUAAAGUGUUAGUAUUGGAUUCCAACACUUUAGAAAUAAGAGCCAGUUUCAGAAUAGUGUUAGGAACGUCAAGCGCCACUGCUGUAAGAAGCAUCGAAUUUGCUAGGCGCGGAGAUUGUUUUCUGAUAAACACAGCAGACAGAGUUAUAAGGGUGUAUGACAGUAAAGAAGUUCUAACCUUUGGUAAAGAUGGUGACCCAGAACCCAUACAAAAGUUGCAAGAUUUAGUUAAUAAAACGAUGUGGAAAAAAUGCUCCUUUUCCGGCGAUGGUGAAUACAUUUGUGCCGGUUCGACCAGGCAGCACGCCCUUUACAUUUGGGAAAAAUCCAUUGGAAAUUUAGUAAAAAUAUUGCACGGUACUAAAGGAGAAUUGCUCUUAGAUGUGGCUUGGCAUCCAGUUCGGCCCAUUAUUGCCAGUAUAUCAUCAGGAGUUGUGAGCGUGUGGGCACAAAACCAGGUAGAAAAUUGGUCCGCAUUUGCUCCCGAUUUUAAAGAAUUGGAUGAGAACGUGGAAUAUGAGGAAAGAGAAAGUGAAUUUGAUUUGACUGAUGAAGAUAAAUCAGUGGCAAGCGGAGGGGACAACAAAGAAGAAUCGGAUUUAGAGGUUGAUGUGGCUACAGUAGAUCCUGUUGCAGCAUUUUGUAGUUCUGAUGAAGAAAAUGAAAACUCCGAUUGCCUUCAAUUUUUACCAACAGCUCCAGAGAUCGAAGAACCUGAGGACAACUGGACACCCAUGGACAAUAACCCAGUACCUAUAAAUGUCGGUAACGGCCCCCCUCCGGCGAAAAAGAAGAAAUACAAAACGUACGACAUACCGCUCGAAAAUAUCUCCGACGGAGAAGUACAUCCGUUAUUAAGCAAUAAAUCUAAGGAUAAACAAAUGAUUGGCGGUAAGAAAGGACCUGGAAGAAUGAAAAAAUGAUCGAUUUUAAAUAAAAUAUACGAAUCGUACAAUUUUUUUAUGAUAUUUUUCCUAGUCAAAAAUCGGGUUGAUGGAAAAAAUUUCAAAACUGUGCCAAAAAGUGAGAAGCAAGAAAAAGUGUUAGAAAAAUGUCGAACAGGUAUAAUUUUGAUUAGUUAUAAAGUUGGAAGUAUUUCUGCCUCCUGAUUGGUAUUUUUAAAUUAAAUAAAAUGUUUAAAAAAAUAAUCGCGA